UUCUCUUCUGCCGGCCUCUUUUCCUUCUUUCUUCUCCCCUCAUCACGCCAUCUUCUAUACGCCAGCGAUCAGGCUAAGGCGACUAACGACUCCACCGGAUCAGUCCAUUCAAUCCCCGAUACCCUCUCUACGCCUGGACUGCGAUCUCAUCCCGCCAGCUGAGCCUAGCCUUUUGCUCCCUUGUCGCUCCCUCCCCAUCGCGAUCGCUGCCGCCCUCAUAGACUUCUCACAUCGCUAUCGUCCUUAUCACCACCACCUCUCCUUCACCAUAGAUAUAGAGAGAAUACAACAUGGACGGCUCCUCCCGCACUUUGACUCCCUUCAACCAACCUCAGUCCACCGCACACGUCUCACCAGGAUACUCAUCGCAACCUCAUAACACUCUGGGUCUCGCAGCCGCAGCCGCCGCCGCCGCAGUCAACAGCCAAACCGCCCAGAUGCAGCUUCAAUCUCAACCUCCUACUGCAAACGCCAGCGAGCAACAAAACCUCACCGAUCUUUCACAAACCUCUGCUGCUGCUGCAACAAUGGGCCAGCCUGCAGCGGACAACUACCCCCACCAAGUCACUGGGUCGGGCGGUCCCACGGCGACAGCACCAUUCUUACGAGACUUUAGUCUUGUUGCAGAGGCAGCCAAGCGGGCACAAAUGUCCGUGAUGGUGCGAGAUCUGGAGAGUGUCACGCUAUAAAUGGCAUCAGCUGGGAGAAGUGCACCCCUGACAUCAUUGUUUAUCUCGGGGUGGGAGCACGGGACCAAUAUGACUGAUAGAUCGGAUGGGACCG